AAUAUUUUGACGCUUCACUGACACUUUGCACUUCGCGGCAAGGUAUGAGUACCGUUUUCCCGUUUUUCGUGAUGGUGGUCGCCCGGCGAAUGCAACUACCUGCACCUCACGCCGAAGGAGCGAUACGGGCGCAAUUUCAAGACAUGCAUUACUCCAAGCACGUCUCGCACAUUCAUGUCUCUGUUUUGUCGCAACCGAGUUAUGGGAUUCGACGAAAACCCAAUACAUGUCUCAAGUGCCACGUCAUUUCAGGCGUAAGAGCCAUUUAUCUGUAUGAAGGCUGGUCUCCCGGCUACCGAAGUUGAGGGGGCAAUGGUCACCUGAACUUAUAAGAACCUGCGAUCUUCCAUCAAACUUAUCCGUCGUUUUUCACUCUUUCACCUUUCUCACAACUCCUUUACCACACCCUACUCCUACUCUUCGCAGCUCGUUGACCUUUAAUCACUGCCGAUAGUUAUUGCCGUCUGCCAUGGACACGAUGCUAUCCCAGCAGGACAAGUACAAGGUGGACGAAGCCAUGCGCCUUAUUGACCAUCGAUUCAACAACAUCAAUUGGCCCUGGGAAGCUCUUCAGGCUCCAGGCUCUGGGGUCAAAUUAAUUGGCGAUCGUCGUGUCAUCGACGGCAACAAGAUUCUGGCUCCCUUGGGAGACAGCCUCAUCAGGCUCUUCGCCGUGGAAGCGAUGAUCGACUCGAACAUCGCAACGAAGAGCGAUAUCGACGCCCAAUCCCAGCAAGCUAGAAACAAUUCGCGACUAGUUGAGAUCUUCGACAGCUUCGUCUUCAGGCCGUGUGUCAAUGUGAACCCAUCCCAGGGCUAUGCUCUCGGUGCUCAAACGAAGAUUGAUACCAUCAAGGCCAUCAUCGGAGCUGUGUACAAGGACCGCGGAGGUGGAAGUGAAGGGCUCAACGCUGCCAAGCGCGUGGCAACAAAACUGAACAUUCUUUAAGACCGGCAAUGUCAAAGCCUCCUCAUCCUCUUGAGCUAACGAUCAGUAGCCUAUUUAGACCAUGAGGAACCCUGGAAACACCGCAUUGGGGCACUGGAGGCUCCAAACAGAGAUCCCCUGGGAGCAUUGCGCUUGGUAUCUCUUGUCUUCGCAGCAGAUCCAGCGAAGAACAUCGAAGCAGACUGGGGUCAGCUUGGGUGUUGCAUUCUUCUCUCAAGAUCUGCUGCCAAGAGUACCGACCGCCGUACUCCUGGGGGAUUCCGUGUGGAGCCCCUGGUGUUCCGAUGCGGAUGUUCUAGGCUUCCUCAUGGCCAGGGCCUUAUUGCGGAGUAAGCGGGUACCCCAGGUUGCUCACUCGCGUAGUCUGCGGUUAUAGACCGUGAUGAGUUCGACAGUAUGUGCGAUUGGAGGGACUCUUAGUCUAACUCACUUUUCAGUCGAUUUGGUGAUGGAGAAGAUGGUUGUUCGACGCGGAAAGGGGUACGCAUGGAAGAAGGAAACAUACACGCAGGGAUUGAAAGAAGGAAGAGCAACGGGUACAACGAGCUCUGGUUUGGAUUACUAUUUUGAAGGAGAUGUUUCUGUUCGGGGCUAUCGGUUCGAUACACGUGGACUCCCCAAUUUCUGGAAUUUGCACUUUACACCACCCCCUCCCUCUACUCCUGAGCUUGAGGCAACACUCAUUUGACGGCACCACGAUCUCACCAACACUCAAGCUCUCAAUACACCACUUCGAUUCCA